GAUAUCAUGAGCCACGUUCAGAUAGUGUCUAGUAUAUAUAGCUCUCCAUUUCAAGCACGAGUAUUACAGUGCUACAGAAUCCGAAGCAAUGGUUGGUCAAAAGCUGUGUGCACAGACUCUGGUGAUGUCGGCGGUGAUGCUGGUUGUCCUAAUGAUGAUGACCGGCCCAGCAGACGCCCAGAGCACCACGACCACCACGACCACAACAGAGGGAUCGGCGCUGAUAGACCUCGACCUGGGUGGUCUCGUUGGCGAACUAGGAGAGACCGUCGGAGACCUCGUUGGAGGGGGCAUCAUACACGUAAGCCGGGCGGGGGCAGCCCGAUCUGCUUCAUCAGUCCACAGCCGGGCCAAGAAGACACAUUCAUAGGCACAGGAUAGCUUCCAAAUACUAUCUCAAUUUUAUCUGAGAUUUUAUAACUUUGCAAAAAGUUAUUGAUGUAAGGUGAGAUGUGAAUAAAGCAUAGAUAUGAUGCUUACAA